UAAAGGAGGGUUUGGUGUGUUUACGCCACAGUUUCUUUGAGUACAGACUCUAGAAAGUAACCGUAAUCAUGAGUGGACGCGGCAAAACCGGAGGCAAAGCCCGCGCUAAGGCAAAGACCCGCUCUUCUCGUGCCGGGCUCCAGUUCCCAGUCGGCCGUGUUCACAGGCUGCUGCGCAAAGGCAACUAUGCGGAGCGUGUCGGUGCCGGCGCCCCCGUCUACCUGGCGGCUGUGCUGGAGUAUCUGACCGCUGAGAUCCUGGAGCUGGCUGGAAACGCUGCUCGCGACAACAAGAAGACCAGGAUCAUCCCCCGUCACCUGCAGUUGGCUGUCCGCAACGACGAGGAGCUCAACAAACUGCUGGGCGGAGUGACCAUCGCUCAGGGCGGCGUGCUGCCCAACAUCCAGGCUGUCUUGUUGCCCAAGAAGACCGAGAAGCCCGCCAAGAAGUAAACCUGGUGCCUGGCUGACUGCUGGAAACCAAGCAAAGGCUCUUUUAAGAGCCACACACUCCUGAUAAAGAACACAGAUCCUCAUAUCUCUGUGAUACUGUUGUUAAGACAUAAAUUAUGUUCACAAUGUAUCAAAGUAUUGAUGUUCAGUGUUACAAUAUAUGUUAACUGCAUUGAAAUCAUGAUGUUGGUUGUGUUGCCAUAAAAUAUCAGCAAUCAACGUUUAAAAGAAGAUAAUAUAGUCUAUAGUUGUAGAAAUCAUACUUAUCACAUAACAAUGGUUAGUCUAUAUAUUAGCCUAUAUGACAUCUACACAGUCAUAAUCAUGUUAAACAUU